AUGAGUUUUUCAAGCUGUCUGCUUCCGUAGUUUUCAAUUGUAGAGAUCACAGCAUAUGGAGCGGUAGCAUUCGGGAACGAUGAAUUUCAAGUAUUUGAUUUUCAACGCUUCUCAAUUCAUCCUUCUAUUUUCGAUAUCUCUUGCUUAUAAAUCACGCCAAUCUUCACUGUACUCAGAUGAUGAUCCUCUUUGGGAGUUAGAUUCAUCAAAUUUCAACGGUGUGAUUUUCGGAAAAAAUAAUGCUUGGAUUGUCGAAUUUUAUAAUAACUGGUGUGGGCAUUGCAUAAGAUAUGCUCCAACCUGGAAACAAUUUGCAAGAGAAAUUAGAACAUGGAAGAAAGUUAUUGAUGUUGCUGUUGUCAACUGUAAUGAUGCUCAGAAUAUAAAUCUUUGCCGCUAUUAUGAAGUUGAUAGUUUUCCAACCAUAAAGUUAUUUUGGCACCACACUACUGCAAAUGAUAGUGGAGAAAUGCUUGAAGGUAAAAGAGACAUUAUAAGUGUCGAAAACCGAAUAAUAGAUUUCUUGGAAACAAACUGGAAUAGAGGGGUGCCAAAAGAAUGGCCCAAUAUACAACCACUUGAAAAAUACAGUCAUGAAAUAUUUGAUGAAUUGAAUGAAGGAAAACAAUCCAUAAUGGCUUUUGCUGAAUAUCCAUACAAUUACGUUGGACGUAAAGUUAUUCUGGAUUUAUCAUUUCAAACCAAUCUCCUUGUCAGAAGAGUUUUGACUAGGGAUGAAGAUAUCAUUAAAAAUUUAAAAAUAGAAGUAUCCAAUGAAACACUGCCAGUUUUGAUGAGAUUAAAUCCAGAUUCUCAUCAUGUGACAAUUUUCAAAUUUUCACAAGAUAUGAAUGAUACUUAUAUCCGAGAUCAAAUUUAUCAUAACCUUGUUGGUGUAGAAAGAAGUAAAACAAAAAUUGAAGAUGCUCACUCUGAAGGGAAACCAAAAGACAGUGGAACAAUGGCAGAAGCAGUUUAUAGGAUUGACCUAGAAAAUGCUGUUUAUAAUUCUUUAAACAAAGAAAUCGCAGUUGCUAAAAUGAUUGAAGGAGAAAAGCUUUUUGCUUUGAAAUCAUAUCUGUCUAUUUUGAAAAAUUAUUUUCCUGGAACUAAGCCGAUAAUGGGCUAUUUAUCAAAUUUACAUGAUUGGGCUGCUAAUAAAACUGCUGCUAUAUCUGGUGAAGAAUUUGCUCAAGCAUUGCAAGAUAUACAGAAUGAUGCUGAAUACAUACCUCCUAUGCGUGAUUGGGUUGGAUGUAAAGGAAGUAAACCUAAAUAUCGUGGAUAUCCUUGCUCAUUAUGGACGCUUUUUCACACUCUAACUGUGCAGGCAGACAAAAGGAGUGACAAGAUCCAAGAAGGUCCAAAAGGAAAAGAUGUGCUUUUUGUAAUCAGAGAUUACAUAAAAUAUUUCUUUACUUGUGAAGAAUGCUCUAAAAAUUUCCAAAAAAUGGCCACAAAUAUUGAAGAUGAAGUAAAAAAUUCUCAAGAUGCUGUGCUUUGGCUGUGGGAAGCUCAUAAUAAAGCUAAUCAUAGACUUUCUGGAGAUGUUACUGAAGAUCCUAAACAUCCAAAAAUUCAAUUUCCUUCACCACAAAUCUGUUCCAAAUGUCGAAUCAGAGAUACUCUUAACGGAGAAAUUGUAUGGGAUAAAGCAGUUGUAUUACAGUUCCUGCACAAAUUUUAUGAUGAACAAAAUAUUUUAAGUGCUGACCAUCGUAAAGCUUCUGAUUCCCUUGUUGUUGAUCAAGGUGAACAGGAAAACAAUUCUGCUAUGGGUGUAAAGUUUAUUCUCUCUCCUACAUCAGCACUGCUGUUACUAUUGCUUUCUUACUUCCAUCAGUCCUUGAAGAUAUUUUGAUGUGAUUAACGCAAGUUACAAUAAUUCAAUGCUCAUUUGCCGGUUGUGGGAAGUGCUAUGGUCUAUCACAAGUAAUUUUGUGCUUGCAGUGUAAAUAUUGAUGAUAUGAUCUUUUUUCUUAGCUGAUUGUUUUAUCAUAGUUUUUAUUUAAAAUGAAUUUAUGCUUUUAAUAUAUUUUAAAUUUAAAGAAAAGUCAAUGAAAUUCAAUUUUUUAAAUAAAAAAUUUAAUUAUUUCUUAAAAUUACAAUUAUAUUACAUAAAUCUUUAAUGAAUUUUAAAAAAGCAAAUUUUAUCUACUUAAUAUAUAUCAUUAUUUGUAAAAGUAGGAAGUAAAUAUAUAUUAUGUUAAUUGUUGGAAAUGAACAAUAUAAGGCUAGUUUUUUAAAAAAUUGUUGAUGAAACUUGAUAUUAUUAGCCUUUUGCAUGCAAUUAAUACAUGAAAUUAUAUACUUUUUAUUAUUGCUGAAAUAUUAUUGGAAAAGUAAACUGGUUUUACAUUAUUACACUCUUUUUACUCUAAAUUUUACUAUUACAAUCUUUUUACUAUUAAACUAAUUUUAACCUAUUCCUUUUAAAGAAGAGUUUUGAUGUUUUACUAAUUCCUUAUAUUUUUAGUUGCCAAAUAGAUUUGUUGAGUUUGUUUCAAUUAUAUUUUUCCAAACCAAUAUUACUUAAAUUUAUAUUAGAUUAAAAGCUGAUAAAAGAAAUCAAAACUGUUUUCAACAUGAUUUUUUAACUUACCACACACACUUCCUCUCUCGCACUCUAAAAUAUUUAUAAUUCAUUGCCCGAAAUAAUCUGUGUGUGAUGCAAUCAAAUAUUCCCAUAUGGCAUCAGUAAAAAUCCUCUAAAAGAAUCUGAAAUGUGCCUUUUCACUGAUUUUGUUUCGUUGUUUCUCUUUUCAUAAUUUUGAUGUUAGUGAUAACUUUAGAACUUGUAACUUAUCUAAAAAUAAACAAUUAAAUAAAAAGAAUAAUCCUGAAGUAUACACAUAAAAAUUAAAGAGAUUACAUGGUUUUUCAUGUAAUUUUAUUCAAAUCCUAUGUUUUUUUAACUACUGCCUAACAGCUAAUGCAUCUUUGGAAGUUUUUUUUUUUUGUUAGAGCUUUCCCAUUGAUAAAACAUUUAUAGAUUUUAAUUGCUAAGGUAUCCAUUCCUUAUCCCCCCCCCCCCAAUAUCUUAUACCAAUCUUAUAUUGACCAUAUGUGUAGAGGGGCAAACUGAAUGUAAAUAAAUGUAGCAAUGACAGAUAUAUUUUUAUAUGGUAUGAAUGCCAAUGCUCAUAUUAACUGAUGCUCAUACCAGAAAUACUCAGUAGAUACAUCUCCUUUUGAGCAGUUUUAUAACAAAAUUGUAUUUAAGAUUUUUUUCUUUGAUGCAUUUGAUUCCAUUUGAUAAUAUUUCUGUGAUUUUGAUAUAAGGGUCAAAUGUCAAAUUUCAUCCUUAUAGCAGUUGCAUUUGUGAGUUAUGCUUACUUAUUAUACAUACGUAAUCCAGUAAUGGUGUUUUCUGGGAAGUCUGAAAUAUAAAAUUAUGAUUAAAUCUUGAGAUCGAAGUUUUUAACUUCAGUCCUUAUUUUACAUUUUUGGAUGAGAAAUUUAAAAAAAAAAAAGGGGAAGAAUAGGUAGUACACUUAUAGAAUUUUUCAUUUGAAUACCUGUGAUAAUUUCAAUCUUUCUACUUCGUUAUAUGAAGUGCCUGUGCUUUAAUCAAGUUUAGCACUUGAGUCAUUUGACCCCACCGUCUGAUCAUUAGAAGGAGAUAGAUUGAAGUGAUAUUUUUGUUGAUUGUAAUAACCUAGAUUUUAAAUUAUAGUGAAAAAAAAAUACUGAUUCAUGUCCAUUAAAAUAUUGUGUAUCAAAGGGAAAGUUAAUUUUUGAAGUUAAAUUAUUUCUGAACUUUUUUUGUGUAGCUUAUUCCUUAGGUUUUCAAGGUAAUUACAAAAUAAUUGAAGGAUUUAAUUCAUUAUAUAUGAAAGAGUAAUGUGUCUGUGAAAUUACCUCCUAAAAUACAGAAAGAUUUUUUUUCUUUUUUUUUCAAAAUUAAAAUUGUAUACAGUAUAAUUUCAAACAUUUAAUCACCAAUAUAUAAUUUCCCAGAAUAGUUCAUUGUAAGAUAUUCAUUUCAUGACUAGUAUUAUAUGUUGAUUUCUGCAAACUAAGUGCAAAAUGGUUGCAUCCAAUGAAAGACUGUCUUUUACAUCAAAAAAUGUCUUGACAUGAUCAAAAAAUAACCCACAAUGCUCGGGUGGCCUUUCAUUUUUCCUUAUCUGUUUCUUUUUUUUUUUGUGGACCCUUAAUGCAUUGAAGCAAGCAGUGGAAAUUUCACAUAUUUUAAAACAUAAACUAACUAUUUUCCAUUAGUUACUAUUUAAUAUAUGAGAAACUGAAAAUAAAUCUUCUUUCUUUUUACUGAUUUAUGUGAAGAUAAGUUGGAACUCCAUUUGGUUGCUGAUAUGACAAAGUAUAAGAUUAGAGAUAAAUCAUUUGGUAUCUUUAUUUUUUUUUGUCAUUGAAUGGAAUUUGGAAGUUUAUAUUUUUAAAGUUAUAUCAUUUCAAAAUUCGAUUUUCAUUUUGUAAUUACCCUGUAUUUCUGAGGUAUUUGGGUUGUGAUCGGAAGCUAUUAGACUUUAAAUAUAUUUUUACAGAGAAAUACAAAUAUUAACUAGAAAUUAAAAUUCUAAUUUAAUAAAUUAUCUUCAAACUCAAUGGAUGAUUAAACUUUUCAUAUUAAAAUGUAAGUUAUGAAUGGUCUCUCUAUAUAUGUAUAUAUAUAUAUAUAUAAAUUAUUUUUCAUUUUAAUGUACUCAUCAAAAAUAAUAAAAUCUGAAGGAUAAUGCAAAAUAAAAAUAUUUGCUAAAUAUUAAUUAUUUGUUAAUUAAUCAUUGUUAUAAUCCCCCCCCCCCCACCAAAAAAAAUUACAGGAGAUGUAUUUUAAUUUUUAAGAUAGUUAAUUGUAGGACUGUAAAUGAACUAAACAGCUCAUGCUCAAAUAUCUGUAGAAGUUUUUUUUGAAUGAUAGUUUGUAUACUUAAUAACUCUUUUUUAUAUCCACAAACAUAGCUCGACUAACAAAAAUUUAGACUAAGAAAAAGAAAAUCAUUGUUAAUAGAAAGAGUUAAUAAGGAUUAUUGCAAAAUAAUUUUGUUAAUUAUAUGAUUGUUAUUAAAUAAUUUUAUUUUUUAAAAUUGCUUUUAA